AUGCUCCAAACACUGUCGUACGCGCUCCCAUGGAACUGGGCAUCAUCUGGCCCGUCGAAGGCACCACGGUCUAAGCUGAGGAAGAAGCACGUCACCACUCGCGCUGCACAAUUAGCAGCCAAUGGACACGCCAACCAGAACGUUCAGGGAGAGGAGGGUUGGGAUGUCUCGUCAUGUUAUCCUGGACUGGUCAACGUUUCUGGCACUUACUGCUUCAUGAACUCGACGAUGCAGGCAUUCGCUUCUCUCUGCUAUCUACAACCUUAUGUGGAUGCUAUACAAGCCAAAGCCGUGGCUCUUGACGUUCCAACACCCGUUACCGACGCGCUCCACGAUCUCCUACACACUCUCAACAAUCCGAAAUCUAGCCCCUUCUCUUUCCGACCGCUCGCGAUGAUAGAAGCCUUAUCGUACCCCGAGCCUGGCAAACGCAGCCCACUAUUCUCCUCUCGAGAGCAUCAAGAUGCACAGGAGCUCUUCCAACUCGUCUCCGAAUGCAUCAAGAAGGAAGCGUCGGCCGUUGACAAAGAAAGCCUUCGUGACCGUGGCUUAGGAAAACUGCCCUCUCGAACUCUCCUGCUCGAGGCAGAACGCGGUCAGCUGACGAAGGGUGUUUUCGAUGGGUUAACGGCGAAUCGUCGGAGUUGUAUGGAAUGUGGGUACACGGAGGCGGUCAUGCAUUUUCCAUUCGAUAAUUGGCAACUCAGCCUGCCGCGCUCUACGAUAUGCAGUCUGCAAGAGUGCUUGGGAGACUACACACGGCUCGAACCCCUGACGGACUGCAUCUGUCGGAAGUGUUCCAUGGUGGCCACACACGUCAAGUUGGAUCAGGAGGCCCAGAGACUAACGGAACUGGCUGAUUCAGAUCCAAGUGCCUCGUCUUCGAAGAAAAAGAGGGCACGGGAGGCUCGGAAACUUGCCACGAGAGUGAAGGAAGCUCUGGAGCAGGGCAGAAUAGAGGAUGAUAUCAAAGGCGUGAAGAUGGAGAAAGUCUUCAGCAAACUCUCUACUAAGCAAGCCAUGAUCGCUCGACCACCUCCAGUUCUUGCCCUGCAUAUUAACCGGUCCAUGCAUUUUGGCAACUACGCAUCGAAGAACAACACCUGUGUUCGCUUCCCCGAGAUCCUUGAUCUCACACCCUACACUACCUCUGGACAGCUCUCCACAGUCCCCUCCGUCCCUAUUUCGACCCCAGAACCCUCCACUUCUCGUGCCGCGACACCCUCAAUAGCAUCAUCAUCAUCGUUACCUUCCAGUCUCAGCGCAACCCCAUCGCCGAUGACAUCGCCCUCACAAGUAGUGCUAUACCGUCUCUCGGCCGUCGUCUGCCAUUACGGACAACACUCCUUUGGCCAUUACGUUUGCUACCGCCGCAAACCUCGACCACCAACAUACUCGAACCGGUUUGCACCACCCACUGCACCUCAUACAUUCGAUUGCCAGUGCGAUAACUGCCGCAAAUAUGGCUGGGUGCGCGAUGCUGAUGAACCACAGCCGGGAAGGAUGGGCACGGGCAGAGGCUGGUUGAGAAUCAGCGAUGCUUCGGUGAGCGAGUGCGGCGUUGAGGAGGCUCUGAAUGAGGGUAGCGGAGCAUUCAUGCUUUACUACGAGAGGGUUGUGGAAGCGGGGGCGAGGCCGAGGCCGAGGAUGUAUUCUUUGGGUCCAUCAGCGUCUCUGAGUUCGGAGGAGACGGUCAAACCUGACGGAUCAAGGCUCAGUAUUCUGCCAGACGGAAAUGGUAGCGCAGGGCCUCCUGGCUUGGUUCACAAUGAUGGGUGGAGGGUAGGGGCAAGAAUUGUAAGGAACGUUGCGGCAGGAGGAUCCAGUACAAGGAGUCCAUCUUCCCGCGAUGUAUCAUCCCGGACGGAGGAGGACGUAAAGACCAGUGUAGCACCGCGAAUACCACAAUAUGCGUCUUCCGCGUCGACAGGGUUCUCUGGCGAUACCAAUGUCGUGGAAGAACCUAAAGCUCUUCCAGCCUUUGUCAAGCCUCCACGACUAUCAACGCCCUCGCCGUCAUCACCCCCUCCUUUGCCGGCUCCAGUCGCUCAGCGACCGUCAUCGUCAUCACCAUCGCCGAAACCCUCAUCUUUCUCUGCUUCACGACCAGGCUCGACUACUACUCAGGGUCCACCGGCAACGCAGCAAUCACCUCAGUCCAGCAGAGUAACGCGCUCGCAUUCUAACUCAAGUCAGGUUCCUUCCGCGAGAAUCAUUGGACUUCGUGCUUAG